AUGGCUGAGGCUUGUAUUAUUGAUAAACAACACAAAAAGAAAGUAAAACCAAUUUUCAAUAUUCCGCAUAAUACAAUCGGUGCAUCGACUUCACUGCGUGAAUUAUCAUUUAAUUAUAAAAACAUAGGUGAGCUCUGUAAGUUGAUCAACAACGUUUUCAAAUUCCAGAUUUGUUUCAGUUUGUCAUCCGAAUAUGCGACUUUUUCGGCAACCGAAUUUUUGUGGUGCAUUUGUGAAAUGUCCACUAUCGGUAUAAUGGGGUUUGUCUGCCAAGCCUUGUUGUCGAGUCGGGGGUCCACAAAGGAGCUGGUGAACGAGCUGGUCAUGGACUACGAGCUGCCGCGCAGCGUGCGCGCGCAAGCCAAGGCGUUCAUGCAGCUCAUCGACGCGUGGUCGCUGCGCAUCUACGUCUAUGACUUUGUCGACAUUACUCUCAUAUUAAAGUUUAUUACCCUUACAACUACAUACUUGAUUGUUAUCCUACAAAUAUCUCACUUUAUGUAA